AUGGAGAAUCUUGGCAUCUUAACUGCACUGUUUUUCGUCUUCUCCUCCUCCACUUCCCUUCACCCAUCUUCUCUAACUAAUCUCCAAAACUAUUGCCUUGAUGAUCAGAGGUCUGCUCUCCUACAAUUGCAGCAUCAUCUCUACUAUGCCCCAAACUUCACUUUCUCUUCCAAACUUGACCUCUUGGAUCCCAACACCCAUUGUUGCUCUUGGAAAGGAGUUACAUGUGAUGCUCUUGGUCAUAUCAUUGGGAUUGAUCUCAGUUACCAAAACCUUUCAGGUAGCUUUCAUUCCAUUUUCAAUCUCCACCAUCUCCAACGCCUUAAUCUUGCUGGAAACAAUUUUAAUACCACUCUGUUUCAGUAUGGGUUUGGCAAACUCCCUAAUUUAACUCAUCUUGACCUCUCGGCCUCAUGUUUUCAUGACCAAAUUCCGGUAGGGAUUUUAUACUUAACAAGGUUAGUCUCUCUUAACCUAUCUUAUCAAGAUGAUUGCUAUUGGAGAGAUGAUCAAAGUUCUGCUUCAUUGAAACUAGAGAAACCCAACUUCAAAACAUUGAUAAAGAAAAUGAGGUCUCUCAGAGAGUUGUAUUUGGAUGGAGUGAAUAUUUCAAGUCAAAGUAGUGAAUGGUGUGAAACCACAUCGCUGUCACUUCCCAAGCUGAGUGUUAUAAGCAUGUCCAACUGCGAUUUGAAUGGGCAUUUUCCAGUAGAAUUUUUCUUAUUGCCCAAAAUGCAAAGAAUUGAUAUUUCAGACAACUCUCGUCUCAUGGGCCAAUUGCUAGAAUUUCCAAUUAACAACACUUUGGAGGUGUUGUCAUUGCAAUAUACUAAUUUCAGUGGCAAAUUACCGGAAUCAAUCAGUAAUCUUAAAUUGUUGAGAGUUUUAACUCUUUCUAAACUUAGCCUCAACUUUAACUCAAUUUCUGGGUCCAUUCCACCAUCAAUCGCAAAUCUCAGUAACCUUGUGGAAUUGGAUCUUAGUGGUAACAAUUUCAAUGGUUUAAUCUCUCCAUUUCACAGAUCUGGAGUGCCAAAUCUUGCAUAUCUUGAUUUGUCUAGGAACCGCCUUUCUGGAUCAAUACCUUCUUCUUUAUUUACUCUUUCAACAUUGCAAACCCUCUCUCUUGGAUACAACAGCUUUAGUGAUUACCAAUUAAAGCUCGACAUGUUUUUCCAGCUCAACAACUUAAGUACAUUUCCAGCAUUUCUAAAGAUUCAAGAGAGCUUAGAAGAUCUUGACCUUUCAAAUAACAAAAUAAGUGGGGCAGUACCAAAUUGGGUGUGGAAGAAAAGUUUGCAGUCUUUGAAUCUUUCCAACAACUCUCUCACAACUUUGGACCAAUUUUCAUCGAACCAAGACUCUUUACGAGCACCUAUUUGUAAUUUGAGUCAACUUCAGAGUUUUGAUGCAUCCUUCAACAAAUUGAGUGGCUCAAUCCCAAGCUGCUUAGGAAAUAUCAGUACUCUAAGCUUUUUAUAUCUACAGCAAAAUAAUUUUAGUGGCAGCAUACCAGAUUUUGGAGGAGCAACCCAACUGUACGCUCUUAAACUCAAAGACAAUAAAUUGGAAGGGAAGUUGCCGAGGUCAUUAGCCAAUUGCACAAUGCUCUAUGCUGUAAACCUUGGAAACAAUACUCUGCACGACACAUUCCCUUUAUGGUUGGGAAAGUUGCCUGGCUUGAUGGUUCUUAUACUACGAGCAAACAGGUUUUAUGGUCCAAUUAAACAGUUGGAAAAUAAUUUUCCAACGUUGGAUGUAUUAGACAUUGCUUCCAAUAAUUUUUCUGGUCAACUAUCAAUUGAAUUCUUCCAAGCCACUCAUAAGCUAAGCUCACUCAAAAUCAACGGGAACAACUUGGAAGGGAAGUUGCCAAGGUCAUUAGCCAAUUGCAAAAAGCUUGAAGUUUUGGAUCUUGGGAAAAAUAUGAUACAUGACACAUUUCCUUACUGGUUAGUGAAAUUGCCUCUCUUAAAGGUUCUUAUACUACGAUCCAACAGAUUUUAUGGUUCGAUUAAAUUUUUCGAAGAUGGAAAUGCUUUCCCAAUGUUACAUAUACUGGAUCUUGCUUCCAAUAACUUUUCAGGUGAGGUAUCUGUUGAUUUUUUUCAAUCUUUGAGGGGAAUGAUGGUGAUUGAUGGCAACAAAGCUAAGCCAAGUUAUGUUGGAGAUAAUUAUUAUUAUAAAGAUUCGGUGACAAUUGUGAAUAGAGGGUUUGAAAUUUUUUACCAGAAAAUCUUAACCCUCUUUACCUGUCUUGACCUGUCCAAUAAUAAAUUUCAUGGGAGGAUAUUAGAAGAAGUACAACACCUCAAGUCACUCCAUGUGCUAAACUUGUCCUACAACGGCUUAUUUGGCCCUAUUCCUUCAGCACUGGGAAGCUUAACCGAGCUCGAGUCAUUGGAUCUCUCCCGAAACAGUGUCUCUGGAAAGAUUCCUCCACAACUUACAAGCCUAACUUUUCUUGCAUUGCUGAAUCUCUCUUACAACCAACUUGAUGGAAGGAUUCCAGAGAGCAACCAAUUUGGUACAUUUUCAAAUGAUUCUUACAUAGGAAACCCAAGAUUGUGUGGGGUUCCUUUGACAAGGAAAUGCAAUGAAGUUGGUUCCAAAAUGCUGCCCCCGAAGGAGGAUAAAGAUUUGUGGAUAGAUGGUUUAUCUAUUUGGAAAGUUGUAUUGAUGGGGGUAUGGAUGGGGAUUGGUGAUUGGAUUUUCUAUUGGGAAUACAGUGCUGAAUGA